UACAGUAUGGUGGUGCCAGCUCUACCUCUCAACAAUGGCCUGAACAUCCCAUUGGUGGGACUGGGCACAUGGCAGGCACCUGACGCCGAAGUUUCAGCUGCAGUGAAGUACGCCAUAGAUGUGGGUUACCGCCACAUUGACACUGCACACUUGUACGGCAAUGAGAAGAGCAUUGGAGCAGCCGUGAGAGACAAGGUGGAGGAGGGUGUUGUGUCCAGGAGCGACAUGUUUAUCACCACCAAGUUGUGGAACACUUAUCACUCUGUGGAAGACGUGGUGCCUACAUGUAGACAGUCACUGGAGAGGCUAGGUCUGGACUACAUUGACUUGUACCUCGUCCACUGGCCUUUUGGGCUCAAGUCAAAACACCCUCCUCAGAUUCCUCAGCCAUUUGAGGCGUUUGACACAACCUCUAUAGAGGAUACAUGGCGGGAGAUGGAGCGAUGUGUGGAGUUAGGGUUAGUCAAAAGCAUCGGGAUGUCCAACUUCAACCAAACUCAAGUGCAAAGGGUCCUAGACACAGCCACUAUCAAGCCAGUGGUGAACCAGGUUGAGUGCCACAUGUUGCUGAACCAGAAGCCACUAAUAGAGUUCUGCAAGAGUGUAGACAUUGUUGUAGAAGGUUACGCCCCCUUUGGUUCCCCCACUCGUCCCAAUGCCCCGUCUGAUGCAGCCAAUGUCUUCCACGACCCUAAAGUGCUGAAAGUAGCAGCAACGCAUAGCAAAACCAGUGGCCAAGUUAUACUCAGAUACCUGGUACAACUAGGUAUAGUUGUGUUGCCCAAAUCUGUGACACCAGCUCGCAUCAAAGCAAACCUGGACCUAUUCAACUUUGAGCUGAGCAGUCGAGAAAUGGAGACUCUUUCCUCACUGGAUUGCCACCUCAGAAUGUUUCCUUACCUCCCAGCAAAGACACAUCCUGAUUAUCCUUUCAAAGAAGAUUCAUCAGCUGCUUGUACAUCAGCAACUUUUGACCCUCUGUCAUAAUUCACAAGAAGAGUUUUGUUACCAUACCUGUUUCAAAAAUACUAGGGAUGGACGAGAUUGGAUUUUUAGUUCGAGACGAGACGAGACGAGAUUUUUUAUUUCUCAUAAAAUUUCGAGACGAGAUCGAGACGAGAUUUCUCUUCUCAUACACAACGGGAAAUGCACGUUCGAAAUUUUUACCUGAUUUUGUAACAUUGUUAGAUGACUGUUUAAAUACUAAAAU